AUGUUUGUUGGGCAAAUUCAAACGCCCCCUCGAGAUUUGUCACACAUUCUUCACGACUACGAAGACCUUUUUGAGGAAGGGUUAGUACGUUGCUCGAAAGUCAAAGUGCAGCUGCAGUUCCAGGCUGAAGCAAAGCCCAAAUUUUGUAAGGCAAGGCCUAUUCCGUUUGCGCUUCGUGAGGCCGUCGAAAAAGAUCUCGAGAGACAAGUCAAUAAUGGAGUCUUGACACGAAUUGAGGUUUCUCAUUCGGCUACACCGAUUGUGGUAGUACCAAAACCGAACGGAGCAGUUCGUAUCUGCGGCGACUUCAGCGUCACUGUGAACCCUCAGCUUGACGUCGCGCAGUACCCCCUGCCCCGCCCGGAAGAAUUAUUUGCAAAGCUGAACGGUGGAAAGCACUUCUCGAAACUGGACCUGUCAGAAGCAUACUUGCAGUUGGAACUCGAUGAACAAGCCAAGGAAGUACUGGUAGUAAAUACCCAUAAGGGUCUGUUCCGUUUCAACAGGAUGCCUUUUGGGAUUUCCUCAGCUCCUGCAAUCUUCCAGAGGACAAUGGAACAGGUUACCGCUGGUUUGGAUGGAAGGCGGUACUGCAAAGACUUCGAGAAUAUGGAUUCCGACUCAAGCAACAAAAGUACGAAUUUUUUAAAACCCGAAGUGGAAUACCUCAGUCAAGUGGUUUCGGCAAAGGGUUUCAAGCCAUCACCCAAGAAAGUGUCAGCUCUCCUGGGAAUGCCAGAACCGUCGAACGUCGGAGAGCUUCGAGCCUUCCUUGGUCUCGUCCAGUAUUACGGCAGAUACGUCAAAGCACUCGCCGAUCUCUGUGCACCACUUAACAGACUGCUACGGAAAGAUGUAGCGUGGGAAUGGUCACCGCCAUGCGUCCAUGCCUUUGAAAAGAUCAAGCAUCGGAUAGGCUCUAUGAGUUCUCUGACUCACUUCGACCCGAGUCAGACUAUUUACCUCGCUGUUGAUGCAUCAGCGAUUGGGGUCGGAGCGGUGAUCUAUCACAAGAUCAACGGCGAAGAUAAACCCAUUGCCCACGCUUCAAAGACUUUGACUCCUGCCCAACAGAAGUACGCUCAGAUUGAGAAGGAGGCGUUGGCUAUAAUAUUCGUUGUCAAGAAGUUCCACCAAUAUCUCUGGGGGAGAAAGUUUGUAUUAUUCACCGACCAUAAGUCGUUAGCAGCCAUUUUCGGAUCAAAGAAGGGAAUACCAGUCACAGCAGCAAACAGAAUGCAGCGUUGGGCUCUGACUCUUCUUAGUCACUCCUUCGAUAUUCUAUACAAGCCAACAGCUCAAUUUGGGAAUGCAGACGGUCUUUCCAGACUCCCAGUUGGACCAGAUCCCGACUUCGACGCGGCCAUAUCGGACGACACCUUCGUCGGGGGAAUUGGGUCUUCGGAGGUCUCUGCCGUCCUCUCUAUCGCUAUAGAGAAAGUUCCUCUGAAGGCGUCAGAAAUCGCCAAGGCCACUGCAACUGACCGUGUGCUUUCCCGAGUGUACAGAUACGUCAUGGAAGGCUGGCCUUCUCACGAAAGAGAUCCAAGAGAUCCAGAGUUACAAGAAUUUCACGCAAGGAAAUCGGAACUAACAACGGAAAACGAAUGCGUCGUAUGGGGUAUGCGUGCUGUCAUACCUUCCCAGCAGCGCGACGUUGUUUUGAGCCUCCUACAUAAUGGGCAUAUCGGCCAGACCAAAAUGAAGAUGUUGGCGCGAUCAUAUGUAUGGUGGCCGGGAAUGGACAAGGUUAUUGAACUGGCUUGUCGCUCAUGUGGAGCGUGUGCCGCUUCAGCAGAUCAUCAGGUACCAGUCCCUCUGCAUCAUCAGUGGGAAGUUCCAACGGAGCCGUGGUACUGGAUACACGCCGAUUUCGCGGACUUCAACGGGAAAAGCUAUCUCGUGGUAGUCGACGCUUACAGGAAGUGGCCCGAGGUGAAGCUUAUGACGUCGGCCAAAUCUGCUGCUACUAUGGAAGCACUGAGUGACAUCUUCGCUGUUGACUCGGAAAGUGUCUCUUUGGGGCUUGCUUUGAAUCAUUUACCGUCAAAUGCGCUGCAGUGUGCUUCGAUGGCGGAACUUCUAUUUGGCCGUUGA